AAUUUUGACAGCUUUUAUUUCAAUCUACUGCAGGAAGAAUUGUGACCUGGAUUUUGGCCGAAGAUUUGAAGCUGUCAAAGAUUUGAUGAUUUGAACACUCAUUUCAAACUCGUCUAAUUCGGCCUUUUGUCCACUGAGCAGUAUAUCAAUUGAGUCUCAUUAGAUAUUGCAGAGUUACUGUGCGUUAGUCUGCGCAGUUUCCACCGCUCGUUUAGCCGAUAGAGACAAUGGCCGACGCUGCUCCAAUGGAGAAUCAUCAUCCUCCUGGAACUCCAAUUGUGACCCCGGCAACACCCGCAGGGCCUGAAGCCACACAUGAAAACGAGAAUAACAAUGCAGCUGUUGACCCUGAAAAUGAACAAGUUCAAGAAUUAGAAUCAGAGUUGUCAAAGUUGAAAGACAAAUUACAGAGUGAGCGUGAGGCGGUGUGUGAUGGGAUGCUGAAUGACACUGCCACCUCCCUCGACAACCUCACUCGCGUCAGGCUCAAAACGAGGAGGACUCUGAAUGGACAUGCUGCAGCCAUCUACACCAUGUGUUGGCGUCCCGAGUCCCACGAGAUGGUGAGUGGCAGCCAGGAUGGCAAACUGCUCAUCUGGGACACCCACACCAACAACAAGAUCAACAUCAUCACCCUCAAGUGCCCUUGGGUGAUGAGCAGUGGCUUUGCUCCUUCGGGUAACUUCGUGGCCAGCGGAGGUCAUGACAAUGCAGUGUCCAUUUAUGGUCUCAAGGGCGAAAUGCUACCCGAGAAGCCAAUCGCACAGCUCACAGACCACAACGGUUUCAUUUCUUCCAUCCGAUACAUAGACGACACCCAGCUGCUCUGCAGCUCGGGCGACAACUCCUCCGCCCUGUGGGACUCAAACUGUGGGACUAAGCUCACAUCCUACGAAGGUCACACGGCGGAGGUGAUGGGUCUGGCAGGGUCCAGUGACAACACAGUGUUCGUGUCUGGUUCUUGUGACCGCACCGCCAAACUGUGGGACGUCAGGGACAAAGUAGCUAAGCAGACUUUCACAGGGCACGACUUAGACAUCAACUCGAUCGCAUUUUUCCCGAGCGACAGGGCAUUCGUCACGGGUUCAGAUGACAACUCGUGCAAACUAUACGACAUCCGAUCCGAUCAAGCAGUCGCAACAUACACACAGCUUAACCUCAAUUACGGAAUAGGUGCCGUCAGUUUUUCCAAGAGCGGUCGACUUCUCUUCGUAGCCUGUGACUUGGAUGUACUCAUUUGGGAUACCCUAAAGAGCCUCAAAGUCGGCAUCCUCUCCGGACACGAAGCGAGAGUCUCGUGUCUCGGGGUGAACUCUGACGGAAACGCAGUCUGCUCUGGCUCUUGGGAUGCAAAGCUGAAGAUUUGGAAUUAAAAACAGCGAAAUUUAAUUAAACUUUUCUGAAUUUGUCCGAUUUGAAUACUAUUUCGAAUUUUUGAACUUAAGUUUUUGGGUGCAUAAAACUGAAAAUCAAAACAGUCACUUAACUUGCGCAAAAUAGUGGUAUAUAUACAAAAUUCAAUGAUUUAAACAGAAAUUAUAAAAAAGGUUUUGCAGAACUGAAAAUUUGGAUUUCGUUAUAGAAAAUUUAGCUAUCUUUUCGAAUUUUGCCUAUUUGAUAUAAAUUUUAUAUUUUCAUAAUUGUUAUGGGAAACAGUUUUUGUAAUAAUUAGAAAAACUGAAUCAAAAGAAUGAACAGUGAUUCAAAAUUCGAAUAGUUGCUUUCAGAAGUGUUUUGCAUGUAAAAAUGUGCAUUUGAUUUGAGUUUAAGUUCGAAUUCAAUUUUUCUAAUGACUCGAAAGAACAAUAUAAUUCUUUUGGUGGCGUUAAAUUGAUAAAAUGGUCAAAGUUUUGUACAGAUAUAGAAAAUUAACUGAAACAGGUUAUUUAUUACUAAAUAACAUACUUGAUUAUAAUCAUUUGAUGUAAAUUUAUUCACUUCAUGUCCAGAACUUCGGUGCAUUUAAUUUAAAUUUAGUAAUAUGUUAGUAUAUCACACGGUAAAAAUCUAUGAAGGAAUAUGACGUUGAGCUGAUUUUUUGCCAAAAGAUUGUUUGUAUCAAACUGUUUUUUUUCUUCAGAUUUGUAAAAAAUGCUUCGUGAACAGCAUAAUUUAUUUGUAAAAUACAAUCUAUCUGCUUUUCUUUGUGAAGUAUUUUCGCGAGCAUCAAUUUCAAAUGUUUCACAAUUUGAUUAACAAUACGGUUAUUAUACAACGAUUGAAAAUUCUAUUUGAAAACAGAAUUCAUUUCUAUACGAGAUGCGAAGGUAUUUCUACCUUAAUUAAAGUAUCAGUAACAGUUCAUAUUAGCAUCACUAUUUUAC